CUAGGGUGACAGUAUGUAAAAAAAAAAAAAAAAAAAAAAAAAAAAAAAAAAAAAAAAAAAUAAAAUUUUGGCCAAAAUUUAUGAUGAAAUAUGAUUUAUUUGCAAAAUUUUAUAAGAAAAACACUUUUUCAUUGGACAUUGGACAUUUUCAUUUACAUAGCAAAAAAAAUAAAAAUCCCAGCGGUGAAUACCACCAAAACAAAGCUUUAUCUGUCUCAAAAAAAUGGUAAAAAAUUCAUAUGGGUACAGUGUUGCAUGACUGCGCAAUUGUCAUUCAAAGUGUGAUAGCGCUGAAAGCUGAAAAUUGCCCUGGACAGGAAGGGGGUAAAAGUGUCCGGACAGGAAAUG